AUGGGUAAAGUAUUAGCUGGUGGAAUGGAUUGUCAAGGCUUUAAGUUUUAUACUCCUUUACGUUUGGAUUUGCCCGGAGUUUUUCGCUAUUACAACAAGCAGAACAUAAUAGAGAAGCAGGAGCCCUAUCCAAUGCCCGCUGAUCACUUAGGAGGCAUAGUGGUAAAUAUGAAGGAUACAUUGCAAUUGAUAAGGAAUAAAAGCAUUUUAAUAACGGCCCAUGCCUAUGCUCUCUUCGAAACUGAUGAUACCAUAGAUAAAAGUUAUCCCUUAAUGGCGGUACGCUGGUGUUUAAUGGUCCCACUUAAGAAUACCAUUUCCACGUUUUAUUAUCCCAUUAAACCUUUUGCCGCUUAUGUCUGGUUUAUAUUGAUAUUUACCUUCUUUGCAUUGGCCACCACCGAUUGCUUGUGGAUUAUAUGGGAGAGUCAAAAGGAUCCUUCCAAGCGUUCUCACCUAAUGUGGCAUUUGCGUUGCAGUAUUUUAGAUAAUCUUUGUUAUAUGCUUAAUAUAUCCGCUUCUAAGAAUAUAAAACGCCCCACCUGGGUAAGGUUUUUCCUUUAUAGCACUGUAUUUUUCCAGGCUUUCUUUUUAUCUACGGGCUAUACCUCCCUGCUGGGUAGUAUUUUAGCAGUUACCCUCUUUCGCGAUGAAAUUAAUACCUUGGAGGAUCUUAUCAAAGCCAACAUCUCUACCUUAAUAAUAGACUACGAAUAUGAUUUUUUGCUAGGGGGUCAAUUGAACUUACCCUAUGAUUUUCUUAAACUCAUAACACCCGUCGACUCGGCCACGUUUUAUCAUCAUCAAUCGCGUUUAAAUCAAACUUAUGCCUAUUUUGUUACCGAUGAAAAAUGGCAUUUCCUGCAGCUUCAACAAACCACUCUUAAACAGGGUCUUUUUAAGCUCACCGAUAUCUGUUUUGGUUCUUUUCAUUUGGCUUUUCCCAUGGAAACGGAUUCACCUUUGUGGCGUAAUUUGGAAUACUUUAUCUAUAGGGUGCAUUCUUCGGGCAUGUUACACUAUUAUGAGAGUAUUUCGUUUGAACAUGCUGUCUAUGCUGGGUAUGUGCAACGCUUUACCGGUGGUAAUGAUUAUCAGGCCGCCGGCUUGAGUCAUGUAUCAAUGGUUUUUCUAAUGCUGUUGGUGGUGAGUGCUGUUUGUGUUUUAAUAUUUUUGGGUGAGUGUCUUCAUUAUAGAUUACAGAAAGGUGGUGGUAAUCUUAGUUUUAAGUUAUUGUUUUGGAAAUAA